CAAUCUAGGAGUCACAAGGACAGAGGAUCUCACCAGUUUCCCAGUUUCCGACAUUUAACGUAUUCCAGAAUAUUCCAGUAGUCACAAGACACAGGAUUUCUCAAGAAUUCAUUUGCCCGUUUCCGAUUCAACGUAUUCAAAAUCCUCCACUAUGGGUUCCUCAUUGUCCAAAGUCAGGGAUGGAGCGCCAUUGCGAGUAACAGCCGCGGGUGCCUGCCCAGAAGGAUCAAAGAGUCUGAACAAUGAGCAAUAUCUCAGUUUCACUAUCACAAUUCCCAGGCCUUCAGCCUGGUUUCGGCCAAAGAGUUUCGAUGGCAGGGCUUCGACAGCAUCACUCAUACCAACGAUCUUCAGGACCGUGAAGAAUGCGCCAUUACCGGAGCGACAAGCCUACUUCCGGUUUCUGGACCUUCCUUUGGAAAUCCGAUUUAUGAUUUAUGAGGAAGUGCUCGUCGUGGGGAAGGUGUUCUACACGCCCACUGAUUAUGACCUCUCUAACGGUGAACGGUGUGACAAUUAUCAGUCAUUCAAGAAACCUGAAUUGCAGCUUCUAAAAGUCUGCAAGCGAAUUCACGCUGAGGCUGAGCCUAUCUAUUUGGCUAAAAAUCUGUUCGUCCUUCCCGUCGACUGGUUCAAGCACUCCCCUUUCCGCUCCCCUGGGGGUACCUCAUCGUCUCGUUUCCUCUUCUCAGAAGCGGGGCUCUCACUCAUCAAGAAUGUCAGCCUUGGGAUUGAUUUCGAAGUUUGUCGGACAAGUUGGGAUAAAUUCAACAAUUACUAUUGGACCAUAUCGCGGAAUGAGUGGCAUAGCUUUGCUUCAAAGAGGCCGUUCGCAAAACUAACACAGCAGGAGAAACUCGAGGAAAUGCAUGAAGCUUUAGAAGUCAAUCGCCAAUUUGACUGGGGGUUUAUUGAGGAUAAACUGUCAAACUUCAGGACCACCCUGAAUUACGUCGAGCUCGACUUCACGAAUAUCUACUGCCUUUUAGGGGAAUGCAGGCCAAUGGACAUGGUUGACAUUGGCUACUGGAUCUCUACUCUUGAUCCAUCGACCCUUAUCGUGAAAGGCCUGUGCUCCAGAGCGGAGCGGGAGCAGUUCAUUGCCAUCGCUCGGAGGAGGGGCCUAACUCAUCAGAAUCUGCGAAUACAGCAUGGACUUCGGUUUGUGAAGAGGAGCGACAAAAGCCAGUGGGACUCCUACAUGGCGGAGACUCCUGAUCCGAGCUGCAAAGACGACGGCGAAUCAUGCGAGGGAGAAGUGGACACAGAUGAAGAGGGGAUGGACUCAGAUGAGGAAUGAUACUGGAGCUCGCUGAAUGCUAAAGCAAUUCUCCCCUGAUGCGGCAGCAAUUCAUUCUGGCAUAUUUUCGGAUGGCGAUUUGCAAGAUUUGUCAGCGACAUAUCUGGCAUAUAGCUUCUCUCUCUGCUCAAGAUCUAUGGAACGGAGGCGUGUCUCUCGCCCAAAGGUUCUGGCACACUUAAGCAGCAGAAACUUUUCCACUUAUGGCGAUUCAGAAGUCUGCUGUCUUUCAUCCCUUUUCGUUUCAUCGAG